ACGCCAUGUUGUUUUUGUUUACAUUAAAAAAAAAAGCUCCACCGUCUCGCCGAGUGCCAGCAAGAGUCAUGAGUACUUGUCAACUCGACUCCUCAACUGGAGAUAACUUUCUAGCACCUCACCAUGGGGAAGGAUGUAUUCAUAUGCCUUCACCAGCACAUGCAUUAAACAUGCAGAGAGUUACACAAGUUCUUACCACCUUGGGGCACCAUUCAGGGUGCCUUUUCAUCUGAUUACAUUUAUAAUGAACAGGGACAUUGCGGUUGUCCCAAGUGGAUGGUAUGAUGAUAGGAUGGUUUUCUGGCCCAGCUAUAAAAACACCGACAGAAUUGAAAGGGCCGUUUUAAAUGAGGAGCAGCAUGAGCCAAACUGGCCAAGAUUUGACGUUUCUGUUGUCCGAACUUGUGACAACUACAAAGACGCAUUAAAAAUAAUGCAACAAUAUGGAAAGGGCUGCAACACCUCAGACCUGCAAUCUGAGGCAGAGAACAAGGAGCUGCCAGAAAAAAUGAACAGGAAGCCAGUCCAUCGUCUCGGGGACUCAGAUGAUAGCGAAGAAGACCCGGGAAAUAGUGACCUCACAUCUCUGGGGUUGGCAAGCCAAUUGCACAGGCAGACUCCACCGUCUCGCCGAGUGCCAGCAAGAGUCAUGAGUACUUGUCAACUCGACUCCUCAACUGGAGAUAACUUUCUAGCACCUCACCAUGGGGAAGGACGCAUUCAUAUGCCUUCACCAGCACCUGCAUUAAACAUGCAGAGAGUUACACAAGGAACGGCAGUCCCUCCUCGACUCCCUCCACCCCCCUCACCAGCAGCCCUCAACAUGUGGCAGACAGAGGAGCCUGGAUCCAGCCUGGCCUACAGGCCAACAUGGCGAGGGGAAACAAUGGCCGAAAACAUUUCCUGCUCUGCGCCUGAGGUAAUCCACAUCCUUAGCCUGCUGGAAACUAUUAAGCACAACAAGACCAGCUGAUUGCGAAGGUGCUGUGAGUAAAAAUGUGUUGACAAGGUCAGCCACGGACGCUGAGGUCACCAAACACGCCAUCAGGUGGUUCAACUUGGCGGGGGAUCGGGCAACGAGGAGACGAGUCCCGCUUCCACCUCCUCAGGAGGAAUAGAGAUGUAUAUGUAUAAAUAAACAACCUUUUAUUGGACUUCUUGUCAUUCACCAGUUAUUCAUUUUCUGAUAUGUUAGCUGUGCAUGGAGCAGCGUUUCCUUGAAGUUGUAGCCUAAUAGAUUAAAUAUGUAUAUUUACUUUUUAAAUAUAUAUUAUAUAUAUUUACUUUAUAGAGUGAAUUGACCAUUUUCUGUUUCUGCCUAUU